UGACAUGGCGGCGCCCACCUCCGCGGCCUUAUCCCACCCCAAAACCCUAGCCUACGCCGCGGCGCCCAAGGCCCCGACGGCGCCGGGGGCCGUCUCCUUCGCGGCCGCCUCGCAUGCCCCCUGCGCGCUCGCCGCCCGCCGCCGCGCGGUCACCGCCAUGGUCGCGGCGCCGCCGGCCGUCGGCGGCGCCAUGCCGUCGCUCGACUUCGAGACCUGCGUCUUCAACAAGGAGAAGGUCUCCCUCGCCGGCCACGAGGAGUAUAUUGUGAGGGGUGGGAGGAACCUGUUCCCGCUGCUUCCCGAGGCGUUCAAGGGCAUCAAGCAGAUUGGAGUCAUUGGAUGGGGCUCCCAGGGUCCUGCACAAGCCCAGAACCUGAGGGAUUCACUAGCUGAAGCCAAGUCAGACAUUAUUGUUAAGAUUGGUCUCCGGAAAGGUUCUAAAUCAUUUGAAGAAGCACGUGCGGCUGGUUUUACUGAAGAGAAUGGAACCUUGGGAGAUAUUUGGGAGACUGUUUCUGGCAGCGAUCUCGUGUUGCUGUUGAUAUCAGACGCUGCACAGGCUGACAACUAUGAGAAAAUUUUCUCUUACAUGAAACCGAACAGUAUUCUUGGUUUAUCACAUGGAUUUCUGCUUGGACAUUUGCAAUCUAGCGUUCUUGAUUUCCCAAAAAACAUCAGUGUGAUUGCUGUUUGCCCCAAGGGAAUGGGUCCAUCAGUUAGGAGAUUAUAUGUACAAGGCAAAGAAAUUAAUGGUGCUGGUAUCAACUCUAGUUUUGCUGUUCACCAGGAUGUUGAUGGAAGGGCAACUGACGUUGCUCUGGGAUGGUCAGUUGCUCUGGGAUCUCCCUUCACAUUUGCUACUACUUUAGAACAGGAGUACAAGAGUGAUAUCUUUGGGGAGCGAGGCAUUCUGCUGGGUGCUGUUCAUGGCAUUGUGGAGGCUCUGUUUAGGAGAUACACAGAGCAAGGAAUGGAUGAACAACUGGCAUACAAAAACACUGUAGAGGGUAUCACUGGAAUUAUCUCGAAAACCAUCUCAAAGAAGGGAAUGCUUGAAGUGUACAACUCCUUGACAGAGGAGGGGAAGAAAGAAUUCAACAAGGCCUACAGUGCAUCAUAUUACCCUUGCAUGGACAUACUCUAUGAGUGCUAUGAAGAUGUUGCCACUGGAAGUGAAAUCCGGAGUGUUGUGUUGGCUGGACGGAGAUUUUAUGAGAAGGAAGGCCUUCCAGCUUUCCCUAUGGGCAAUAUCGAUCAAACUCGUAUGUGGAAGGUUGGUGAAAGGGUGCGCUCAACCCGACCAGCAAAUGAUCUUGGUCCCCUGCAUCCUUUCACUGCUGGAGUCUAUGUUGCACUGAUGAUGGCUCAGAUCGAGGUCCUUAGAAAGAAGGGGCAUUCCUACUCGGAGAUCAUCAACGAGAGUGUCAUCGAGUCCGUGGACUCACUGAACCCUUUCAUGCAUGCUCGUGGAGUGGCUUUCAUGGUUGACAACUGCUCAACAACUGCUCGUCUGGGAUCAAGGAAGUGGGCGCCGCGCUUCGACUACAUCUUGACCCAGCAAGCCUUCGUGACGGUGGACAAGGACGCUCCGAUCAACCAAGACCUCAUCAGCAACUUCAUGUCCGACCCUGUCCAUGGCGCUAUCGAAGUGUGCGCUCAGCUGAGGCCCACCGUCGACAUCUCUGUGACUGCCGACGCUGACUUCGUGCGCCCAGAGCUCCGGCAGUCAUCAUAGAUUGUGAUAAUGCGAGGAGAGUUUCUAAAUAUUGUAUGUGUGUGACUGUCUGAACUUUUGAGUUGCUGCUAUCUGUGGACCUAAACAACUAGGCCUGAGUUCUUUUUCCCGAAUAAACGAGGCCCGGCUUCUGAAUAUC